GUUCAUACGGUGGUUGUUCAAGGCGGAGGGCCUGGACGUGCCUGUCGACGAGGAAGAUUGGCCCCUGCUCGCUGGCAUGGGGUCCGGGGCCGAAGAGGGUUUGGACGACGCGGGAAUUGAUUCCUACGAAUCGGCUGAGGUGGCCCGCGCAGCCUUGGCCGCUGUACUCGCAGCCCCUGGCGCGACGUCUCCGCAAGAUGGCGUUGGUGCACCUCCCGAGUAUAUUUACGGACUCGACGACUUGGUUUGCUUCCUGUGCUUGUCCACAAACAAAGAAGCUGUUGCCCGCAAGGUGUUACCGCCGCCAGCGCUCCCGGUGUCCGUCGUUGAGGAUUUGGGGAUGGCUGCCCCCGUCGCAGCCUCUGGCGCGACAGCGUGCCCUGGCGAGACUCGUUGUUAUGCGAGAAUCACAACGAAAGCCACCGCGAAGCCAGCCAUCGUCUCCAUCUUGGCGUGGGUGUUCCAAGACAUUUUGCGAUGGGUGCGCGCGCCCGCCGCGGGGGCACUGUGUCAAUGUUGCCGAGCUUGGCACGCUGGAGGCUUAUUUCUGGCUUGCGCGCUGUCUGAGAGGAGGCGGUGCGUCGCAGACUCUGUCGCGAGCAUCUUGUCCUUCGAUGCGAAACCCGCCCAGGCAUUGCUUCAAGCAGGGGCUUCGAGGAGUGAUAUUCUCCGCGCCUGGGCGCGCGCGUGGGACUUGCUCGACGGGCUCCCCCCGCGUGCCUGUUUGGGCUUCGACGAACGAUUGUUGUCCAUGGCACUAGUCCGCAUGGGCGUCAAGGAACACCUUCGGGGUGACGCGAAGGACGCGGUUGCCCAGAUGUUCUUGGACGCAGGCGGGGAGCAUUCGCUUGCGAGGGAAGCGUCGUUCGCAGAGGUGGAGAAAGGGCAGCUUGCAGAGAUCGAGUGCCAUGUGUUGAUGUUGGCGCACAGCGAUUCUGGCCUCUGGCGAUAA